AUGACAGCCCGUUCAGCUUUCCGCACAAUACGCUCGGCAGCACUCCGCACGGCGGGCGUGACAGGUGCCGCGACUCUCGGCUGGGCAUAUCUGCAACGUCUUCCAAGACAUCAGGAGGACCACCGCCUGUCAUGGCGGCAGUCCGUUUCCACGAGGCUAUACACGACUUUUGUGGCUCCGAUCGUCAUGCAAACAGAUGCAGAAACAGCGCACACCUUGACGCUGCGAGCAGGGGAGCUCCUGCAGGCGUGUCGGCUGCUGCUUGAACCGUCGCACUCCAAGCUGCCCCUUGAUUGGCUGUUGCGUCCGCCAGCAGCGCAGUCAACCUCGUCCGGGCCAAAUCUGCGGCAAGAGUUGUUCGAUGGGCGACUCACUUUCGACACGCCGGUGGGAAUUGCGGCUGGAUUUGACAAGAAUGCUGCUCUCGUUCCUUUAUACCGGCUGGGUUUCAUGCAGCUUGGCUUCGCAGAAGUGGGAUCCAUCUCUGCUGAACCGGCAGCAGGGAAUGAAAGGCCACGGUGUUGGCGGAUCCCGAGCGACCAGGCAGUCAUCAAUUGUAUGGGCCUGAACAAUGAGGGUGCUGCGUGCGUCGCAGCUCGUCUCAAGACUUUCACUUCUGUUGAAGGAGGUGCUCCUAUCGGAAUCAACAUUGCCAAGACGCACAAUCCAGCCAUUGUGGGGCCGGCUGCUGUCGAGGAUUUCGUGCACAGCUUCAAGACACUGGCUCCCUUGGCGGACUUCGUGGUGAUAAAUGUGUCCUGUCCCAACACCGCAGAGGGAAAGACUUUCGAGGAGCCAAGUGCCCUGUCCGAUCUCUUGCAGGGCAUUGCUAGACAAAGUCGAGAGAUGCAGUGGGAGCGGGCACCGCCGAUACUGGUCAAACUCAUGGCAACUCCAGACUCUGACGAUGGCCGAGCGUGCCAGCGGGAGCUGCUGAGAGUUAUCCAAGACUCGAAGGUCGUGGAUGGCCUCGUUAUCUCAAACACCAUCAAAAACCCAGAGGCGCAGCUAUCCAGCGCAGGACGGCAAGCUGCGGAUGCCAUCGGUAAAGGAGGUGUCAGCGGCAAGGUCAUACAUCGACGGAGUGUUGCUGCCAUCCGGUCAGCUUUCGAAGCCACAGGUGGGAGACUGCCAAUCAUCGGCGUCGGAGGCACUGAUAGUGCUGAGGCCGCGUACGAGAAGAUCCGCGCUGGAGCAAGUCUGGUCGAGGUCUACACCGGCUUGGUCUACAAGGGUCCCGGUCUUCUUGAAGAUAUCCAAACAGGUCUGCGCCGGUACUUGCAAAAAGACGGCUUCAGCAGCAUCCAGGAGGCGGUUGGUGCAGAUGUUCGUUCUGCGCACUGA